UCUCCUCUCCUUCCCCGUCCCCUGUCUUCUCCAAACUCACACAAGUUCCCUCUCUCUUCUCUCUGUUUAUCUGUCUAACGCAUGAGAGAACAAACUCAUCUCACAAUCUCAGCCUUCGGUUAUAUCGCCAGCUUAGAUGGAGAACACUCAAGGAUCCUCGCCGCCUCACAUGGACGCUUCUCGGCCGUCACUAGGAUUCCCUCUCGGCACAGCUCUGCUUCUCAUAAUCAUUUUCAGCCUUUCCGGGAUAUUCUCUUGCUGUUACCAUUGGGACAAACAUCGCUCGCUCCGCCGUUCUUUGGCCAAUGCCUCUGGUCAUCCCUCCGCCGACAUAGAGUCCUCUCCGUUCAAACCUAGACCCCCUUUUCCGGAUGUGAAGAAACCCCAGGAUCUAAGCAUAACGGUGGUGAUGCCUGGAGAUAAUACGCCUAAAUUUAUAGCAUUGCCGUGUCCGUGUGCACCACCUCGGCCAGAGAACCUCACCGUUGAUGUCCAAAGUCCACCGUUCUCACCACCUGUUAAGCCGCCGCGUUUUCCCAUUCCUCUUUGUUAGAUUUAAUUUAGCUAAAUGAUAACACAAAGGAGGAAAAAUGUCGAAAUAUCUCGUUUUGAUGUACAUGUAAAUCAUAAAUUUUUUUUGAAACUAUUAUAAAUUUAAUUUUGUUCUCUGAUUUAUUAUUUAUGUAUUCAGUUGGCAACAUUAUGAAGUGGUUUGAUUGUGUGAAA